CACCUGGUUUUCCCCCCAGCCCCGCGGGCAUGAACCGGAUCCGGAUCCACGUGCUCCCCUCCAGCCGCGGCCGCCUCACCCCGGUCCCGCGGGCCCAGGAGCCGCAGGCGUGCGCCUUCAGCCAACGGCCGUGCUCGCAGCCGCGCCUGGACGGCCACGACUUCUGCAUCAAGCACAUCCUCGAGGACCGCAGCGCUCCCUUCAAGCAGUGCAGCUACGUCUCGGCCAAGAAUGGCAAGCGCUGCCCCAACGCCGCCCCCAAACCGGAGAAGAAGGACGGCGUGUCCUUCUGCGCCGAGCACGCCCGCAGGAACGCGCUGGCUCUCCAAGCUCAGAUGAAGAAAUCCAACCCCGGGCCCGCGAGCGAGACCCUGCUGUGCCAGCUCAGCUCCUACGCCAGAACCGAGCUGGGUUCCCAGGGCGCCGAGAGCAGCCGCAGCGAGGCCAGCCGCAUCCUGGACGAGGACAGCUGGAGUGACGGCGAGCAGGACCCGGUCACGGUGGAUCAGACGUGGCGGGGGGACCCGGACAGCGAAGCCGACAGCAUCGACAGCGACCAGGAGGAUCCCUUGAAGCACGCGGGGGUGUACACGGCUGAGGAGGUGGCCCUGAUCAUGCGGGAGAAGCUGAUCCGCCUGCAGUCGCUGUACAUCGACCAGUUCAAACGGCUGCAGCACCUCCUGAAGGAGAAGAAGCGCCGCUACCUGCACAGCCGCAAGGCCGAGCACGACGCCGUAGGCAGCAGCCUCCUGACGGGCCCCGAGGGGCUCAUGGCCAAGGAACGCGAGAACCUGAAGCGCCUCAAGUGCCUGCGGCGCUACCGGCAGCGCUACGGCGUGGAGGCUCUGCUGCACCGGCAGCUGAAGGAGCGCAGGGUGCUGGCCACCGACGGCGCGGCCCAGCAGGCUCACACCACGCGCUCCAGCCAGAGGUGCUUGGCCUUCGUGGACGACGUGCGCUGCUCCAACCCCUCGCUGCCCAUGACCCGGCACUGCCUUACCC